UGAGCAUCCCUCAUUUCGCUAGCUUUAGACGCCUGUGUGAUUUUUUUGCCACCUCUAGCGAGUGUGUAGGCAAGUGCAACCUCAUGGGAUAGCGGAAUUUUGUGUGUGACAUUCUCCAGGUAGAGAUUCCAAAAUGAUGAUGCUUACUAUAAACUGAAUACACAUCCGUGAAUGAAUACAGAUGAAGGAAGUUUCAAGAAAUAAAGGAAUGGACCAGGAGCCAGCUAUGUGGAUAGAAAAAGAGGGAACGGCCGAAGUAAAAACAGAGUUAUACUUCAUGGCCGAAGUUUACCCAUUCAACAUGAAUAUAAAAGAAGAGUUGGAGGAGGGUGUGAAUAAAGAGUUUCUUGAAGACCCAUUGAAGGCUGACGGGCCUAGUGUUUGGGUAAAGCAAGACCCUGAACUGAAAAAGCAUGCUGAUGGACCUGAGCAUAAUUCCAUUGAAGAUCCAUUGGGAAUAUUGUGGUCCACUGAUUUUAUCAAGGAGGAUCCUGAAUUAAAUUUGGAAAUGAGUGUAACUGAGAAUAUUGUGGAAACCUCAACAGGAUAUGCAUCUGAUAGUACAAGAUUGACUCAGUGUACUAGUGGGAGCUGUGGCAUACCAUGUGAAGAAAUUUGUCAGCAUAGAGUGGUCCAGGAUGAGUUGGUGAUAGACAUGAAGUCAACACAUGAGUUUGGUACCAAUACAGAAGAUAUGACUGUUGAUAAGAACUGCUCAGUUGCCACGUCAUAUAACUGUAGUAAGAGGGAAAAGGAAUUACAUGUAUAUAGCUGUAAUUUCUGCCAACAGAGCUUUCCUUCAAAAUACAGAUUCAUAAAGCAUGUGUUUAUGCACAUUGAUGGCAUGCAACCACCUUCGUAUGUUUGUAAGUGGUGUGGUGAAGUAUUUCACAGUAAUGUUAGUUUGAAAAAACAUUUGAGAAUAAGUGAGAAUUAUGUCUUAACUUCUGGAAACCAUGAAAAAUAUGGCUAUAGUGGAGAGCAUCAAAGCAGUAUCUUUUCAGAUAGUGAGCCGGAAGUUUCUAUCGCAGAAUGCAACGAGCUGAAUUCAUACAAAGAAACAUGGAAAGCUGCUAGUGACAUAGGUAACACACACAGGACAAAUGAUACAGGGGAAACAAAUCAUUAUGGAUCUUUAUCUACAACUGUUAAUGUCAGAUCCCAGGGUGAUGUACUUACUACAAACAGAAUCCACAAAUGUGAUAUUUGUGGCAAAUCUUUUGCUGGUGCAGGCAAGCUCAAGAAACAUGGAUUAAUUCACACUCGAAAAAAACCUCACAAAUGUAAGAUUUGUGGCAAAUCUUUUGCUUUCCCAAGCCAUCUCAAGCAACAUGUGUUUCUUCACACUGGAAAGAAACCUCAUAAAUGUGAGCUUUGUGGACAAUCUUUUGCCAGCAGAAGCAAUCUCAAUACACACACAUUAAUUCACACUGGAAGAAAAGCCCACAAAUGCGAGAUUUGUGGGAAAUCUUUUGCCAGCAGAAGCACUCUCAGUAGACACACUUUAAUUCACACUGGAAAAAAAUCCCACAAAUGCGAGAUUUGUGGGAAAUCUUUUACCAGGGCAAGCAGUCUCAAGGCACAUAAAUUAAUUCACACUGGGAAGAAACGUCAGAAAUGUGAGAUUUGUGGGAUAUCUCUUGCCAGCAGAAGCAUUCUCAAUAGACAUACAUUAAUUCACACUGGAAAAAAAUCCCACAAAUGUGAGAUUUGUGGGAAAUCUUUUGCUUUCCUAAGCCAUCUCAAGACACAUGUGUUUCUUCACACUGGAAAGAAACCUCAUAAAUGUGAGCUUUGUGGACAAUCUUUUGCCAUCAGAAGCACUCUCAAUACACAUACAUUAAUUCACACUCGAAAAAAACCUCACAAAUGUAAGAUUUGUGGCAAAUCUUUUGCUUUCCCAAGCCAUCUCAAGCAACAUGUGUUUCUUCACACUGGAAAGAAACCUCAUAAAUGUGAGCUUUGUGGACAAUCUUUUGCCAUCAGAAGCACUCUCAAUACACACACAUUAAUUCACACUGGAAAAAAAUCCCACAAAUGCGAGAUUUGUGGGAAAUCUUUUACCAGGACAAGCAGUCUCAAGGCACAUAAAUUAAUUCACACUGAGAAGAAAUGUGAGAUUUGUGGGAUAUCUUUUGCCAGCAGAAGCACUCUCAAUAGACAUACAUUAAUUCACACUGGAAAAAAAUCCCACAAAUGCGAGAUUUGUGGGAAAUCUUUUGCUUUCCCAAGCCAUCUCAAGGAACAUGUGUUUCUUAACAAUGGAAAGAAACCUCAUAAAUGUGAGAUUUGUGGGAAAUCUUUUGCUUUCCCAUGCGAUCUCAAGAGACAUGUGUUUCUACACACUGGAAAGAAACCUCAUAAAUGUGAGAUUUGUGGGAAAUCUUUUGCUUUCUCAAACGGUCUCAAGAAACAUGUAUUACUUCACACUGGAAAGAAACCUCAUAAAUGUGAGAUUUGUGACAAAUCGUUUGCCCUCUCACGUUAUCUCAAGAAACAUGUAUUCAUUCACACUGAAAAGAAACCACACAAAUGAGAGAUUCGUGGGAAAUCUUUUGCUAGGGCAGGCAAUCUCAAGACAUACGUUCAUUCACACCAGGAAGAGACCUCACAAAAGUGAUGUGUGUGGCAAAUCAUUCUUAGAUCAGCUGAUCUCAAGAUACAUGCAUUAGGACACAUUGGAAGGGGACCUCACAAAUGUGAUACCUGUGACAAAAGUUUCACUCAGUUGGGCACUCUCAAGAUGCAUCAGAAAGAAACUACUAGUAAGUGUUAGUUUUUUGUAGAUAAGUUUUCCUGGUUGAUGCCCUCAAGACGUGUAAAAUAGUGGAUGAAGCAAGGGGAGAAUAAAUUGUAAUGUCCAUGAAAUAACAUACAAAGGUGGUAUAAUUAUGAAACGAUGUGUACUAUAGAGUGGUAACAGAUAAUGUGACAAUAUAAAAAUCCGUAUCUGCUGCUUGAGAUGUCAAGAAAUUGUAUUACUAAAUACUCGAGAAACAUGACUCAAAUGUGUUUUUGUCAAUAACACUGUUGUUUUUUUUUCCUAUAGCUCUUGAGACAAGAUAAUUGUGUAUUGUGAUGAAUCCCUAUGUUUGUCAGUAAUCAUAAGUACCAUGCUAUAUUCAGUAUAAGGCCAAGGAUAUGUGAUGACUUGCUGCUAAUUAUUCCAAACAUAGGCAUCGUGUCGUACUUGUAACUGUGCAUUUUAGAAACAAUGACAUCAAAAAUAUAUUCAUGGCACUUCCUUCACAAAGGAUAGUAAACUCAACACUGGAGAAACAUGGGUAUGGGAAUGAUUUUAGUCUGGUAUGUUUUCUCAAGAGAUCUGCUGUAUGUGAAAUGAAUAGUGUGUACAUUUAUGUUCUGUUAGUACUAAUCCUGUAUUAGUAAGAGUAACAACAAAUAUAGCAACCUGCUUAAUAGCCUGUUUGUUCACCUUUGGAACACAAUACUUUGACAGUUCUACACAGUAUGGACUUGGCAUGUCAUUUAUGUGUUUCUGCAUGUAUGUUGCUCCAGUUGCAUUCCACACGUUCAGAUCAGCUACAUGGUGUGGUCAAGAUGUUAGGUACCAUACUACUAAGGCAACUGUUGAGUCGUUCUGCAUAUGUGACAUGGGCAGUUAUCCUGCUGGAAGAUGCCUUCACCAUGGGAGAGCAUAUCAGGCAUGAAGGAAUCUAUGCAGUAGCAAUAACUCACAUAGUCGGCAACUGUCAUGAUGCCUUGAAUUACUACCAGAUGUCCCAAAGGAGCCCGAGUGACUGUCCACAUAGCAUAAUGGGCCCUCCACCUGGUGCCAUUUGCCUGGAUGAUAGCAUAUCUGGAUGUGGCAACUUACCUGGUGUAACAGGAAAUAUCACACGUCCUGACAGUUGGCAGUUGACAUUAGCAUUGACCUUCAUUCCAGCAUCAACGAUCCCUUGCCCACUGCAGUUGCAAUUGAACAUUUUUGUGGAGCCCCAUGUUCAACAAUAUACAUUGAUUUGUCUGUUCAAAAACGUGUAUGGCUGCUCAAGCAUUGUUUUCCGUAAUUAGAUACGACACAUAUUGCCAAAUGUCAAGCGUCACAGAGCAGGCAAGCCUCUGACCUGCAUGAUUUGUAAUGCAUAGGUGUAUUACAUGUUUUCAUAAGGUUAUCGAUUUAUAACCUUUUAGUCACUUUCCACAGAUGUUCACAAAAGUAGCAUAGAUUCAGCCUACCAGCUUCAUCACUUUUGAGGUGCUUGUUCCCAACUACAAUGCCACUGUGACCUUCCCUUUGCUAAAGUAACUUAUGUCAUUGGAUUUACAUGUCUGUGACCCAUCUAAUUGGUAGAACAAUUCCUUGUUAAUUUCUGGUCUGCUUAUAUACUUGUAAUCUGCUUAUUGCAUCAUGUACGUACAACAUGUGGCAUUCAUACUCCUUGCAGGCAGUAUUCAUGACAUUUUUGCUCACCAGUGCAUCUCUACAUAAAUGGGUCAGAUGCUAAAAUGUGUAAUCUAAUAAAUUCAUUGUUCUUGGUUGCCAUUUACACCAGUGCACAAUAGCUAUAUUUUUUUGCGAUUUUUUUGUUUUGCAAAGCUCUGUAUGUGAUUGAGAGAUAAUGUAGAUAGGUGUUAUGCACCAAAGCUCUUAAUUAUUUUUUCAGCGUUCAAUACCAUGUAAGUUACACACAAAAUGAAAUAGGUAAACAAACAUUAGAGCUUACAAUUUGAUUCCAGUUAUUCAUAUACAAAAGAACAACAUUCAGGAGAGCUCAGAACAUGAAUACUAAAUAUUUGUUGCGUUUUAUUCAAAGAUGUUUCCAAUGUGGAUAGUUUCCUUAAUUUGUGUAAAUAAACAUGACGUUUUUGGAAGUCUGUAUUCAUGCUUUAAUUUCAGAACGAUUGUUUUUAUUUUUGAUUUCCGACCUGUUUGUUAUUGGUGAAAGUGGUUUAGUAUGUCAACCACACGUGUAACAACUGGAGACAGAUAUAAUUGAUUGGCACUGUUCUGUUUUGCUACACUUCAGCUGUGACAAUUUGUAGUGAUGUGAUUACAUUUUAUUCCAUCUUUCUCAUGAUAACACAUCCACAACUGCUGUAUGGAUUAUUCAUAAUAGGCAACAUCCACAUACCAUUGUAUUAAAUAUUAUUUUCCAAUGAAAGGAAGGAAAAGCCAUGUUUCUGGACAAUAGGCUUAUAUUCUGAUGAAUCUGAAAAUACACUACUAAGUGUGGCGUGUAUACAUAUUAUGAAUGUCUAAGAAAAACAGUAAAAUUGUACUAAGAAAAACAGUAAAAUUUGUAGUAACAUGUUUAAAAAGGUACACAAUAUGGACUGAAUAUCUAUUUGUGUGAGCUAAAGAUGGUUCAUGUAGCAUUUGUCUGGUACACGAGAUGUAAGCAGAAAAUGAACAUAUUCAGUGGUUGUGUGAAAAACUAGGCAAAGAACUGAGUCUAUGUAAACACAAUAGAUACCCAUAAAUUAAAAGAGUGUAAUAGCACAUAAUAAAAUCAUAACCUAAGCUUAUAACAACAGAAUAAACUAUUGUACAAGAAUGGUCAAGGAUAAGUCAAUUUUAGGAUGUGGAUUCAAUACAAAAGGAGGUUUAGCUCAAUAAUAUUUAUAAGAUUCAUUAUUUUUCCUAUAAUCUCUGCAGUUUGUAGUACAAAAGUUAAAAUUGCAAAUUUAUUGAAUGAUACAUUAA